AUCAGUUUGUCAGAAGUUACGACAACCACAAAGUCGCAAUUGGCUAUCACAAAAUUUGUCUUAAUUUAAGGUUAGGCAUAAUGUUAGCAGGGUGGUUAGGGUUCAAAUACGAUUUUUUUCAGAUACAUUUUUGAAAUAGGCUGUGGUAACUAGUGAGGACCGAAAGAUCGGGAAGAAACAUGGAUUUCCGGAGUCUCUCCAACCAAUAAGCGCAUUCCACAUGCGGACACCGAGCGCAGCAUUCAGAGCAUGCGAAAGGGUAGUGAACAAAUGCGAUUGGUGCUGAUGGGGAAAGCAUUGAAUCCGCGGCAGCACACAAGAACAAAUAGACAGCGGACAUCCACGAAGGCUGUACUUGUCAGACCUACCGCGUAACCACCUGCAUUAGCCAACUACAGAGACGCAUUUUUUAGUUAUUGCCCUUUUACAAAAUGAAAUAGUUUUGAUAGUGGUAUGAAUUAUCCGUAUUUCAUGGUUGUCUGGAACAUUGUAGCCAACCGGCGAAUUUGACGGGGGAAGGCAUCGGUCUCCUAACAAGUGUGAGGACUAACAGCCACCAUUUAUUGCACGUCAGGUUAUUUAGUGUUUGGAAACCAAUUACAUUUCAAGAUAUUCGUAUGAAUUUUUGGCAGCGUGACUUUGGGGAAGACACAAUAAGUGAGUAAUCAGUGGGGUUGUCGAGGUUUUAGCUAACGUUAGCGAGCUAGUGUGUGACCUCGCACAUAUACUCACCAUGGAGAACGCUCACACAAAGACAGUGGAGGAAGUUUACAGCCAUUUCAACGUGAACGAAAGCACAGGUCUAGGUUUAGACCAGGUGAAGAGGCAGCGGGAAAAAUGGGGACCUAACGAAUUGCCUGCUGAGGAGGGAAAGUCUUUAUGGGAACUGGUAGCUGAACAGUUUGGAGAUCUACUUGUGAGGAUUCUUCUUCUUGCGGCCUGCAUAUCCUUUGUGCUGGCCUGGUUUGAGGAGGGAGAGGAGACCAUCACAGCCUUCGUGGAGCCUUUUGUAAUUUUGCUGAUUCUGAUAGCAAAUGCCAUUGUGGGUGUCUGGCAGGAGCGAAAUGCAGAGAAUGCUAUUGAAGCGCUCAAAGAGUACGAGCCGGAGAUGGGAAAGGUGUACCGGCAGGACAGGAAGAGUGUGCAGAGGAUCAAGUCCAAGGACCUUGUACCAGGGGACAUCGUGGAGGUGGCCGUUGGCGAUAAAGUUCCUGCAGAUAUUCGACUUACCUCCAUCAAAUCCACAACCCUGAGGGUGGACCAGUCCAUUCUGACAGGGGAGUCUGUCUCUGUGAUCAAGCACACUGACCCGGUGCCUGACCCCCGGGCUGUCAACCAGGACAAGAAGAACAUGCUCUUCUGCGGCACCAACAUAGCAGCGGGUAAGGCAGUGGGUGUUGUGAUGGCCACAGGCGUCAACACGGAGAUUGGCAAGAUCCGUGACGAGAUGGCGUCCACGGAGCAGGAGCGUACGCCUCUGCAGCAGAAGCUGGAUGAGUUCGGGGAGCAGCUGUCCAAGGUCAUCUCCCUGAUCUGCAUUGCUGUGUGGCUCAUCAACAUUGGCCACUUCAGUGACCCCGUCCACGGAGGCUCCUGGAUCCGUGGCGCUGUGUACUACUUCAAGAUUGCUGUGGCCCUGGCCGUGGCUGCCAUCCCAGAGGGUCUGCCCGCUGUCAUCACCACCUGUCUGGCUCUAGGAACCCGCCGCAUGGCAAAGAAGAACGCCAUCGUCCGCAGCCUGCCCUCUGUGGAGACCCUGGGCUGCACCUCCGUCAUCUGCUCCGAUAAGACCGGCACCCUCACCACCAACCAGAUGUCUGUCUGCAGGAUGUUCGUUAUUGACCAGGCGGCAGGCGAUAGCUGCUCCCUGAAGGAGUUCACAAUCACUGGCUCCACAUACGCCCCUGAGGGACAAGUGUACCAUGAUGGUAAACCAGUCAAGUCCUCCCAGUAUGAUGGCUUAGUUGAGAUGGCCUCCAUCUGUGCCUUAUGUAACGACUCCUCCCUGGAUUACAAUGAGAUAAAAGGUGUGUAUGAGAAGGUUGGUGAGGCUACAGAGACUGCCCUCACCUGCCUGGUGGAGAAGAUGAACGUGUUUGACACCGACGUCAAGGGCCUGUCCAAGAUCGAGAGAGCCAAUGCCUGCAACUCUGUGAUCAAGCAGCUGAUGAAGAAGGAGUUCACCCUGGAGUUCUCCAGAGACAGGAAGUCAAUGUCUGUGUACUGCACACCCAACAAGGCCCACUCCUCCAUUGGCAAGAUGUUUGUUAAGGGAGCCCCAGAAGGAGUGCUUGACAGGUGCACUCACAUCCGUGUGGGCGGGAACAAGGUGCCCCUGACCCCGGGCAUCAAGGACAAGGUAUUGUCAGUGAUCAGGGAGUACGGGACGGGGCGUGACACACUGCGCUGCCUGGCCCUGGCCACAAAGGACAACCCUAUUGCCAAAGAGGACAUGGUGUUGGAAGACUCAAACCGCUUCAUUGAAUACGAGAUGGACCUGACGUUCGUGGGUUGCGUGGGCAUGCUGGACCCUCCCAGGGCGGAGGUUGCCGCCUCCAUCAAGCUGUGCCGCCUGGCCGGCAUCCGCGUCAUCAUGAUCACCGGCGACAACAAAGGCACAGCCAUUGCCAUCUGCCGCCGCAUCGGUAUCUUCAGUGACAAAGACGAUGUCUCCUCCAUGGCCUUCACCGGCCGCGAGUUUGACGACUUGUCGCCGGCUGCCCAGAGAGACGCGGUGGUCAAUGCACGCUGCUUUGCCCGUGUGGAGCCGUCCCACAAGUCCAAGAUUGUGGAGUUCCUACAGUCCAUGGACGAGAUCACGGCAAUGACUGGUGAUGGUGUGAAUGACGCCCCUGCUUUGAAGAAGGCAGAGAUUGGCAUCGCCAUGGGUUCAGGCACGGCUGUAGCUAAGUCAGCCUCUGAGAUGGUCCUGGCUGAUGACAACUUCUCUACCAUCGUGGCGGCUGUGGAGGAGGGCAGGGCCAUCUACAACAACAUGAAGCAGUUCAUCCGUUAUCUCAUCUCCUCCAACGUGGGAGAGGUCGUCUGCAUCUUCCUGACGGCUGCUCUAGGCUUCCCCGAGGCUCUGAUCCCUGUCCAGCUGCUGUGGGUAAACCUGGUAACGGACGGCCUCCCGGCCACUGCCCUGGGCUUCAACCCCCCUGACCUGGACAUCAUGAACAAGGUCCCCCGCAACGCCCGCGAGCCCCUCAUCUCUGGAUGGCUCUUUUUCAGAUACCUCGCCAUCGGAUGCUAUGUGGGUGUGGCUACAGUCGGUGCUGCUACCUGGUGGUUCGUCGCUGCUGAGGACGGACCCAGGAUCACCUUUUACCAACUGAGCCACUUCCUGCAGUGUGGUCCUGACAACCCAGAGUUUGAUGGUUUGAAGUGUGAGCUGUUUGAGUCCCCCUACCCAAUGACCAUGGCCCUGUCUGUGCUUGUCACCAUCGAGAUGUGCAACGCCCUCAACAGUGUGUCAGAGAACCAGUCCCUGCUGCGUAUGCCCCCCUGGGAGAACGUGUGGCUGCUGGGAGCCAUCUGCCUCUCCAUGUCCCUGCACUUCCUUAUCCUCUACGUGGAGCCCCUGCCGAUCAUCUUCCAGAUCACCCCUCUGAACCUGACCCAGUGGCUGAUGGUGCUGAAGCUCUCCCUGCCCGUCCUCCUGCUGGACGAGGUCCUAAAGUUAGCAGCCAGGAACUACAUGGAGAACUACCCUGGUAAAGAGCUGGAGAAGCCCAGCAGCAAAGGCUGCUCUCUGUCUGCAUGUUUGGAGGGCAUCUCCUGGCCCUUUGUGGCCCUCACCCUCCCCCUGGUGCUGUGGAUUUACAGCACCGACACUAACAUGGCAGACAUGUUCUGGUCCUGACUGACUUGAGCACAACCCCCCCCCCUCUCCUCCUGUGUGUGCAUAGUUAGUGUAUGUGUUUGUGUAGACUUGGAGUGUGCCUGCCGAGUGUGCAUGAGAAGGACCUAGUUAAACACAAACUUAAAAAAUAAUAUUCAAAAAUCUUUUUGAAAUUGUGAGGCUUUAGUGUGAGUGUCAGUUUGACCGUCACUCCUGUAGCUGUGGACUUUUUGCUGGUUCAAACAGAAAAUAAUGUUGUCCGCUCUUGUUGUCUAUUUCCUUUUUAAAUUAGAUUUUUUUUUAAUGAUUUGGGAUUAUCACUUUCUCUUUCACUGCAGUACAAAUAAUAUUUUUGCGCUGCCCUUUUCAUAUUAGUAAACAAAUUAGAUAUUUAAAAGCAGUCCAUUGACCUGUACAGAGAUUAACACUAUUUUAUGCAAGGUUUUUUUUGUUCAUCAUUUUGUAAAUUGUUGGAAUGGAUUGCAGGAGGAGUGGCUAAGAGAACGGGUAGGGUCACCUUUUAAUGUUUACUGUUGUCUUCAGUAUUAACUUAGAACUCUUUCAGAGCCAAUGGGCAAGCACUAGAUAGCAGGAGGUGGGUAAGAUAAGUGAUUGUGUAUGCAUAGCUGAAAACGAAACAGAAGUAUCCUGAAAAUGGAAGCUACAUGUUCUUUAACCUAGCAUGAACUGUACUGGGGUUUUCAUUUAGGAUUUAGUCGUCUCCCCCAUAUCAAUGUAAAAAAACAAACUUUUUGGUUUGAAAAGCCAGUUUUUCUGCUGUAGGCAGAGCACAGCUACCUCAAUGCAAUCCAUUUUGCUCAUUUCUAGAUUAUUUUCCCUACAUGGCUUUAGUCUUUAUUCAACAUUUAGUCCAUAUAGUUGACACUUGAUGUGUGCCCCUAUUUCCUUGUGCAGAAAACAAAAAUCUAAUUGGCCUUCCCUCAGUGAUUUAUUUUUUAAGGGUAUUUUGUCUUUGUAUUUUUUAUUUUACUUGACUUUUAUUACAUGUAUUGUUGUGUUGUUGGCAGGAUUGGGUUUAGGAUGUAAAUGUUGCUGUCUUUGUGGGUCAUAAUUUUGAUUCAAAGGAGAGAAAAGGCUACAUAAUUUUUUACUUUAAAAAUACAGGUUUUCCAAUUGACUACUCCAACCAUGAACUUGCGACACAAAAAUCCCCCAAGGUUUUGUUUUUUAUAUUUCAAGAAAAAUACACUCAUGAACCCUUUGAAUCAAAGUGUUUUUGUCUUUCUUUACCUGGACUGAGUGAACGUGGUGUCCAGAUCAUUUCUAUACAGUGUGGUUUUUGUAUGGGCACAUACUUGAAUAUAAAUAAUGUACAGUGUCUUUGAAUGCUCCAUCCUUAUUGGGUGCAACUUAGCUGGCUGGGUGUGUUUAUACAGAACUCUGAUCUAGAGUAUUUUUUUUCCCUCCGGAGGGCUUACAAGUCUGAAAGGUACCAUAUACCUUUACAAUAGUAGUCCCAAGGAGUCCAUACCAUCACACUAGUAUUAUUGUCUACUAAAUAGGUCUGCUUUUCAGCAAUCCAACAUGGAAACAUACCCCUGUGAAGCAUGUCUUUGGUAGAUGCCUUGGUUUGAUUUCACGGUGUCUGUGUUCUUUAACAACUGUGUGCUUUCUCCUUCAAUGCCUUCCACUGGCUUCCCUUUUCACUAGUGAGUAUUCCCUUCCACCACCACACUCCUUAACACACCAAUCACUUCACAUCAAAAAUGUACAAUGGAGAGAUGACCCCCUAGCUAUAACAUUUUGAUCAACUACAGUCAGCAUAUAUUUUUGCGUUACAUGAUUUCCUUUGACCAGCUGAGACCAUUAGAUCAAUACAUUUCUGCUGUUCUUGUCCAUCUGGUGCUCAGGCAGCUUUCUGCUGUUGCUGCAACUUGUUGACGGCCAGGGCUGCCGCUCAUCAGAUUUAAUUCACUUGUCUCUGACAGGCUAUAUCGAUUCAGGAUGGGCUUUUGACUGAUGAGAGGCUUUAAAAAAACAUCUAUUCAGUGCACACUAAAACCAGGACUCUGUAAAAUGUUUUGACAGGCAGCCAAUUCUGAUCUCUUUUCCACUUAUUGGUCUUUUGACCUAGCAGAUCUUUUCACAUCAGAUCUUUUUCAGAGCGAAAAAAUAUCAAUGGGGCUGCAUGUCUGAACGCAGCCAUAGAAGUCUGAGUUAGUUGGUUAUGUUGUGGUUGAUAUUGGAAUGAGGAUAUUUCAAGCCAUGUCUACGUCAUAUUCCUGUUUUUCUUUGUCACCAUUCUUCUAAUGGACUUUAUAUGAGUGUCUAUUUUCUCGCACACUUGCAUCUUAAGCUCCCACACAAUCGCAGAUAUCAGUGUGGGUGUCAAAUCUAGUGUUUUGUUGCAUGGGAAUAUACUGGAUCUAGUCUUUUGGCAAUGCAGUAGAAAUAUAUUUUUUAGACAUGUUUUUCUGUUCUGAUAUUUUUUACUCAUCAUAUUUUCCCUUUCUCUACAGGUGAUGACUAAAACCUGCCAUUCCAUCUAGUCUGAUAUGAUAGCUGUAGAGACUAACUGUCCUGUUCAGCAUGUGUGUUCUGGGUAGCAUUACACCUCGGAUAUCUUGACCCGCACUGUAUAUCAGUGGAGGCUAUAGGAGGACGGGUCCAUUUGUAAUGGCUGAAAUGGAAAUAAUGGAAUGGGAUCAAACAUGGAAACUACGUUUGACUCUGUUCCAUGAAUUCCAUUCCAGCCAUUACAAUGGGCCCGUCCUAUAGCUCUUCCCACCAGCCUCCUCUGUAUAUGUGACCUUUCCAGACAUGGGUACAAUGCAUUUAUAGUAUUUUCAAAUGUUAUGGGGGAAAAAAUGACCAAAUAGUAAGUGGAAUGAUAUGGUGUGGGAUUGGAGGGUGGGUGGGGGUCUAAAUGACUUCUUAUAUCGUGGUUAGACUUGGGGGAAAUGGUGUUGUUUUGGAUUCUUAUAUGCAGGGGAAGCCUUCCAUGUCCCUGACAUUCCUCCCUGCGUCUUCCUACCUUCAGUAUUUCAUACCAGGUUGACUAGUUUUAUAUCCAUGUACAAUACACAGUAGUGCAUGCCCUCCAGCUGUGAGUAGCCAUGCAAUUUAUCUAGAUUUCUAUAGUAAAAUAUUGUACAGAACUGCUUGACACGAUAGUAGAUUUUAGUUAAAUACUACAGUAUCACUAAUACUAUUAAGUGUUUAUCACUGAUCAGAAACAUUUCCUAUUGUUUGGGAAUUUGCACAGUACUGGGCCAGAAUACACUGAUGUCUGUGGAGUCUGAACUUUAACAAUAUUACCACUCUUCUACUAAUAGUUGUGAGAAACCAGGACAGAAGACUGGCUUUGAUUUAUUAGUGACUUGCAAUAUAGCUGUGUUCUAUACCAGUUGAAUAAAAUUGUCCCUUUUUGUCUUAUCAUGCAAUAUCAUGAAGCUGCAGUUAAACAGAUGUGUUAACAUAGUGGGGAGUUAACAGGAACAUCUGUACAUUUGAUUGAUCAUUACCUGUGCUCAAUGAUUGUAACAUGCAUCACGGAGAUUGUGGUUUCAGUUUAAUAAACUAUUAACUUUA